AAAGAUAGGACUGUGAUUAAAUGACUGACACGCUGCCUUAUGGGUUGGGUUCAUGAGGAGUUUGCGUUCGGUGAAGGUUCCUAUAAAAGGAGGAGCACAGCAACCGUCUGUUCUCCUUGUUUUCAGGUUGCUGCUGGAUCAAGAUGAAGACCAUUGUUUUUCUAGCACUUUCUGUGGCCCUUUUCUUCCCGGGAUCCAGUAACGGGCAGUCAUGUCGGGGUCGCUGUGGUUAUGGAACAGACAGCAGCUACAGCUGUCAGUGUAACCCGGCGUGUGAGCGCUACGGAGACUGCUGCUCAGACUACGCUGUUGAAUGUAAAGCAUCGACAUCUUGCCAGGGCAGGUGUGGCGAGCAGUACAACAAUCAGAACGAGUGCCAUUGUAACUCCCUGUGUCCCCAGUACAACAACUGCUGCAGUGACUAUUCAUCCCUGUGCGACGGCAGCAGCGGAGGCAGCAGCGGAGGCAGCACCACCAUCACAGAUGCUGAGAUCAAGACCGUCUCUGAGAAACUGUACUCUCUGGACUACAACAAAGCUUCAUCCUCACAGCUGACCAUCAACUCUCAGACCUUGGUGUCUGACUCUCAAACCAGCUCCCAGAAGGAUCUUUCUUCCCAACCCUUGUUCACCUACGUGAAUGAGAACGUGCUCUUUUCCAAGCCUACCUAUGCUGCUUUCCUGGCCGUGCUGGACAACUACAACAGAAUGACCGGGCAGACGGAGAACUUCAGCUCUCAGCAGCUCUCUGAGCAGGACAAGUUCCUCACGGAAACCAUGUCCAACACUCAGGUGGGCAGAGAGCUGUUUUCUUUCCUCCAGUCCAAGGGUGUUUAUUCAACGGAAAGUGACUUCAUUUAUGACCUGAAAAUGAUGUGGUUCGGACUGUAUUCCCGCUACAACGGCAAGCAGGACUCCAGCGGCUUCGAACACAUCUUUGCAGGAGAGAUCAAGUCAGGAAAGGUGUCUGGUUUCCACAACUGGAUCCAGUUCUAUCUUCUUGAAAAGAGCGGACAGUUGAACUACUACAGCCACAGCUUUAAUGGACCCUGGACCUCGUACCCUGACGUCCUGGGCAUGCAGUUCAUGUGGGACGGUUACUUCAAGCAGGUCGGCUCUGCGAUCAUUGGCUGCAGCCCCGAGUUUGACUUCGCCCUCUACAGUCUCUGCUACAUCACUCGGCCCGGAAAACUGUGUCGUCUGAGCAUCGGAGGACAGGCGCUCUCCAUCCAAACCUACACCUGGAAUAAUUCCAGCUAUGGUAAUGGAAAGAAAUACAUUGCCUCUGCUUAUCCUGCAACUCCCUGAAACCGUUUGCUAAAUAAUCAGCAAAUCGAUGAGCAGUCUGCCAGUGACAUGGGUGUCUGAAAUGAUCUUCAGUUUAAACACCUAUCUCAGUCACGGAUACGAUUAAAAUUGUCAGGC